UAUGAAAUUUUACGCAUUAUUGUUCAUAUAUAUCGAAAAAAAAAUGUCAAGAAAGCCAUGUUGCGUCGGAGAAGGCUUGAAGAAAGGAGCAUGGACCACCGAGGAGGACAAGAAACUCAUCUCUUACAUCCACGACCACGGAGAGGGAGGCUGGCGCGACAUUCCCCAAAAAGCUGGGUUGAAGCGGUGUGGAAAGAGUUGUAGACUGCGAUGGACCAAUUACCUUAAACCUGAGAUCAAAAGAGGCGAGUUUAGUUCAGAGGAAGAGCAGAUUAUCAUCAUGCUUCAUGCUUCUCGUGGCAACAAGUGGUCGGUCAUAGCGAGACAUUUACCUAGAAGAACAGACAACGAGAUCAAGAACUACUGGAACACGCAUCUCAAAAAACGUUUGAUCGAACAGGGUCUUGAUCCCGUGACUCACAAGCCACUAGCUUCUAGUUCCAUCCCUACGGUUGAUGAGAAUUUAAAUUCCCUAAAUGACUCUAGUUCCGACAAGCAGAACUCCCGGUCGAGCUCAAUGCCUACUCUGUCUCGUCCUCUUCCAUCCAGUUGCAACAUGGUUUCCAAGGUCUCCGAUAUUAGCAGCAAUGAUGGGACACCGGUGCAAGGAAGUUCCUUGAGUUGCAAGAAACGUUUCAAGAAAUCGAGUUCUACAUCAAGGCUGUUGAACAAAGUUGCGGCUAAGGCCACUUCCAUCAAAGAUAUAUUGUCGGCUUCCAUGGAAGGUAGCUUAAGUGCUACUACCAUAUCACAUGCAAGCUUCUUUAAUGGCUUCACUGAGAAGAUUCCCAGUGGAGAGGAUAGUUCUAACACAUCCCUGACAAAUACUCUUGCCGAAUUCGACCCCUUCUCGCCAUCCUCGUUGUACCCCGAGCAUGAGAUCAAUGCUACUUCUGAUCUCCACCUGGACCAAGAUUACGAUUUUUCACAAUUUUUCGAAAAACUCGGAGUAGAUAACCACAAUGAAGAGAACAGUAUGAAUGUAGAGUACAGUCAUGAUCUCCUUCUGUCCGAUGUUUCCCAAGAAGUCUCAUCAACUAGCGUUGAUGAUCAAGACAAUAUGGUAGGAAACUUCGAGGGAUGGUCAAAUUAUCUUCUUGACCAUACCAAUUUUAUGUAUGACACCGACUCAGACUCGCUCGAAAAGCAUUUCAUAUGACUCUUCAUAUCCAAACAGAAAGGUUUCAAUCUAUUCGACGACGUAACUAGCUAUGGUUCUGUAUCCAAGGUUAGUCGAUUACUAAUAACGACUCGCUCGAACGAGAUGGUGUGUAUGUAUUUAAUAUUUGGGUUGUUUAGUAUAUGUCCAAGGCCUCAUGGUUUAAUACGAUGUUAAUUAAAUAAGGGUUUAUCUC